GAAUAGGAGGGAUGGGUCAGACUUUGUAAGGGAACAGGCAAGAUUCAUAAACUGUCAAUGAGAGUGGGCAAGAUUGGUCAAGUAUUCUAUGAAACAUUUUAUGAAAUUAGGCAGGAUUAGUAAAAUUAGCCAAGAGAGCAAGCAUGAUUAGUAAAAUAAUAAUAAGGGCGUGGGUGUGAUUAGUCAGACUUUCUGAAGGAUCAGGAAAAAAAUGGUCAAGCUUUCUACUGGAUUGGGUGGGAUCUGUGUUGGUCAGAUUCUCUGUGGGAUGGGGUGGGGUUGGCCAAACUUUCCAUGAAACUCUGUGGAAUUAACAAAUAGCACACAUCUCUAGAUAGAAACGCAUGAAACGUCAACCAAUGAAAACCCGGAACUAUUUUAGUCGUUGAUGUUGCGGACGGACACGUUACCGAGGUGCACACGAGCAAAAUUGCUUGAUGGCUGCCAGGCAGCAGACAGUCAACUGUGGCUGUAAAGGCAUCCGAACUUGCCUGCUAUGUGAGGCAAAUGAUGACAAGCGACAACUGCUGAACAAGAAAGACUCGGCACAUUAUGAUUUUACCUAUGAUCAGGAGUCAAAAUUAGCUGUGCCAGUUGGUGGUAAUAUUCAGCAGGCUUUUCCAUUUCCUGGUGUGUUCCUGUGGGAGAACUUUGUUUCUGAGGAAGAGGAAAGAGAGCUGGUCGCCCAAAUGGACCAGAACAUCUGGAGAGAGUCUCAGUCUGGACGGCGCAAACAGGACUUUGGACCGAAGGUAAACUUCAAAAAGCGCCGUGUUCGCCUUGGGGGUUUCAGUGGCCUCCCUGCAAUCAGUCAGAAGCUAGUGGACAGAAUGACCAAAGAGCCUUUGCUGGCUGAUUUCCACCCGGUAGAACAGUGCAACCUGGAGUACAGCCCCAAACGUGGCUCUGCCAUUGACCCUCACCUGGACGAUAGCUGGCUGUGGGGGGAGCGCCUGGUUACUCUUAAUCUGCUUUCCGACACUAUGAUCACCUUGAGCUUAGAUCAGGGCUGGGGGGACAUGGACCGAGGUGAAGUCAGGGUGGCGGUAAAUAUGCCUCGGAGGUCUUUAUUUGUACUGUACGGUGAGGCGCGCCACCGGUGGAAACACGCCAUUCGCCGAGAGCACGUUCUCGGCCGGAGGGUGUGCAGUACCUUCAGAGAGCUGACUGCUGAGUUUCUGCAUGGUGGAGAGCAGGAGAAGCUGGGAUCAGAGCUGCUGGACAUAGCGUCAAGCUUUAAAGGCGUUCCCGUGUAAAAAUGGUUUCAUCAUGGACGGUGUUGCAGAUUAUUUAUGGAUUCUAAUGUUUGUUUUUAAACAUGAUGCGGUUAAAAUGCAAAUAUUAUAUCAGGAUAAGUAUAUACUUUAUAUUUGCUUCCUUGAAAAAUACAGUAUAUUUAAAAUGAACUGAUUACGAGAACUCUCAUCUAGCUCUUAACGUGGGAUAUUAUUUCCAGUUUUGUGGGUGAUCUCCAAUCUUUUUAUGUAAUUACCACAUAUCAAACUACCAAUUCAACUACCCAAUUUCCAUAAACCAAUGUUUUAUUUUUAUUCUAAUUUUUAAAAAUCAAUAAAGUAUACCAGUUACUAAAAGAGAAUGUGUUGUGGUAAUUGGUGCAAAAUGACUAGCAUAUAUCCUUUCUGUCCUUGUGUCUUUGACUAUUGCCUUGGAAAUCUGGCUACUUCUGAAUCUCCAGUAUACAAAAUAGUGUCUCUGAACUCAUCAAAUGCCAAUUCUAAUGUUAUCACGGGCGAAGAAAAAUGCCUACCAUUUGUCAGUAACACAAAAAUACAAAAACACAUUUUUCAUCUGAGCACUGGACA